GGUGGAGUCGCCCGCGGUGCCCGGAACGGGAGCCUGGCUGGGUCAGCCCCCGACGAGCAGCCGCGCGCAUGGCUGUGUGGGGCCUGGGAGGCCGCGUGGGCCUGCGCGGGGGCGUCGGCGCCCGUGGGCUACUGUGUCCCCGUUUCCAGAGCCGCCGCUCCCAGGGCGUGGAAGACGGGGACGGGCCACAGUCUUCCUCAAAGACACCCAGGAUCCCCAAGAUAUACACCAAAACAGGAGACAAAGGGUUUUCUAACACUUUCACUGGAGAAAGGAGACCUAAAGAUGACCAAGUGUUUGAAGCCGUGGGAACUACAGAUGAAUUAAGUUCAGCUAUUGGAUUUGCUUUGGAAUUCAUCACAGAAAAAGGCCACCCCUUUGCUGAAGAGCUUCAGAAAAUCCAGUGCUCGCUGCAGGACGUCGGCUCUGCCCUGGCGACACCGCACUCUUCGGCCAGGGAGGCUCACUUAAGACAUGCUACAUUUGAGGCAGGGCCCAUCCUGGAGCUGGAGCAGUGGAUUGACAAAUAUUCCAACCAGCUCCCACCACUCACGGCUUUUAUUCUGCCGUCAGGGGGCAAGAGCAGCUGUGCACUGCACUUCUGUCGGGCUGUGUGCCGCCGAGCAGAGAGACGCGUGGUGCCGCUUGUCCAGAUGGGUGAGACCGACGCUAAUGUGGCCAAGUUCUUAAACAGACUCAGCGACUAUCUCUUCACAUUAGCCAGAUAUGUGGCCAUGAAAGAGGGGAAUCAGGAAAAAAUAUACAAGAAAAAUGACCCGUCGGCCUGAGCCUGCGGCACUUGGAAGUAGUGCAGAAGGGGAGAUGUGCAGCCCCCUCGGAGGUGAAAACUUUGUCCUUCCUGUCCUGAUCCCUGCAGAUCUCCGCCAGGGGCGCUGGACGAGACUCCUGCCCACUCCCCUAGGCUCUCCUGGGUGGGAAUGAAUGAGUUCAGUACUGCAGAAAAAGAAGGUAAAGUGACUGCUGCAAGGAAGAGCCACGUAGAAAAAAAUAAAAGUGGGAAAAGCUUGAGCUGUGUGCACACGUGCGUGCAUGCGUGUGCGUGUGUUGAGAGAGCCCUGCUGCUACCAGCUCAGGUGCCAUGAGGAUUUGGAACGGUGCCAGAGGCCCUUGGACACGUAAUUGUGAUUUAGCUGUGCCAAGGGGGAUUUAAAUGUCACAUUUAUAAAGGUGAAGGGAGACAGGAUUUGGAGGUUCGGGCCGCUUGGAGCCACCAGCCCCACCUCUGUAGGGGAUGGACAGCUGGGUGCAUGGCAGGAGUACAGCCCAGAGAGCCCCCUCCUGGAGGGGAGCCUCCCUCCCUAGGGGUGCUGAGGGGAGAGGGACAGCAUCGCUCAGAGGAGGACUUCUGUCUGCUGGUUUAGGCCUCUCAGAUCCGUGCCUCCGCUGUAUUUUAUUUCUCUUGUCACCACUCCCCACCCCCAACCACGAAAACGACACUGCCAGUGCCAGCUGUGUCCUUGGGAAGGGGAUAUUUAUGCAGGGCAAGGAGGUGGCCCGGAGAAUGUGAAGGCUGCACGCUGCUAAUUGCAGGAAAUGACUCCAAAAGGGCAGGCUCUUGCGAAGUGCUGGGGCCGAGCCGCCUGGUGAACUCAGUUCAGCAGUCAUUCCCUCAGCGAGCCCCUGCUCGGCCCGGGGAGCCGUGUCACUCUGGCUGCCGCCUUGCCAGCCGGUCCGUGGACGGUAAAACAAUCAGAGCCUGCUGUGGCUCUCAUUCUUACCACCGUGUCUGUUAGUUUUGCUGCAGGAACAGGUGCCCCUGACUGAUCCUGCUGGGUCCCCGGGGUUUCCCAAGCCAAGAGUGGGCGAAGGUGAGGUCCCUCCAGGGCCUCCCCAGCCCCGCCCAGCGGUCAGCGCCAGCUCAGGUACACAGCAGGUGCUCAGAGCUGGUGAGCAGGGCCCAAAGCGUUGAAAGCACCCACACUUCAGGAGAGACUGAGGUGACGAGCUGCCCUUCCGACACGCAGGCUGGCCCAGGGGGCAGCUUGCUCAGGAGCUUACUGGCGCCCGCUCCACUCCGUUCUGCCCCUCCUCCUCCAGAUCUUCCUGGAAGGAGCAAGACGUAUAUGCUGAAACGACAACUCCACCCUCCUUCCUAGCCACGGUCAGACACCCUACAAAGGACCAGAGAAGCAUCAAGUGAGGCUUCGAAACAAAGCAGCUGGCCUGUUGCCAAAUCCUGGCUCCACAAGCCCUUGCUGGGACGGGCUGGGGCGGGCCUGAAGUUCACUCCACGUUCCCAGGCCCUGCCUCAGCCUCCUCGCUUUGGCCGGCAGACAUGCCCCCAGAAACGGGCCAGGUGCAGGGCAGGCGUCGCAGCUCUGGAGGGGCCUCCCUGUGUGGCCAGCCCAGGAAACACAGAAGUGGCCUACUCUGGGCACCCAGGGACGGACUGGUGUGAAACGUUCGCUGCUCUGCAGUGCCGUACAAAGCCGCUGUGGAGCCAGAAGCAAAAGGAAGAUGCACACCCCUGUGUGCGCUCACCAGAAUCCCUCCCGUGCCUGAAACAUUAACACCAAGCUCCACAGUAAAAACACACAACUAAGUACAAAGCCCGUGUUGCCCAAUCUGUCUACGCUCACAAGGGAUAGUCCCCCUUGCACACAAGUGCAGGGUUGGGAAAGAAACAGUGAAAAAAAAAAAAAGUGAGCUGCUUUUAC